UAAUGAUGCCUCCUUGGGGGCGGGGUCGCUCUCAGAGCCAAUGAGAGCUUGAGGGGGGCGUAGAGGGCAGGGAAUCUUCCAGAGGCAGAAAGAAGCUUAAGGAAGUUCUAAAGAGUCUGGCAGAGCUGGGAGAGAGCUAUGCAGUCGAAACGAGAGUGUGAGCAAUGGUGUGAGAGGGUGAAUCCAGAGAACAAGGCAGCCCUGGAGGCCUGGGUAAGGGAGACUGGCAUCCGCCUGGUGCAGGUCAACGGGCAAAGGAAGUAUGGCGGGCCACCCCCAGGCUGGGUGGGCAGCCCGCCACCCGCAGGGUCCGAGGUGUUUAUCGGACGGCUGCCCCAGGACGUGUAUGAGCACCAGCUGAUCCCACUCUUCCAGCGCGUGGGGCGCCUCUAUGAGUUCCGCCUCAUGAUGACCUUCAGUGGCUUGAACCGCGGCUUUGCCUACGCGCGCUACAGCUCGCGGCGUGGUGCCCAGGCCGCGAUUGCCACACUGCACAACCACCAGCUGCGUCCUUCUUGCCAGCUUCUGGUGUGCCGAAGCACCGAGAAGUGCGAGCUGACAGUAGACGGGCUGCCUCCGAGCCUGAACCGCCAUAUGCUACUGCUGGCCCUGCAAUCACUGGGUCCCUGCCUGCAGGAGACGUUGCUGCUACCCAGCCCGGGGUCGGCGCCCUCUCAGAUUGCGCUGCUCAAGUUCAGCACGCACCGAGCCGCUGCCAUGGCCAAAAAGGCUCUGGUCGAAGGGCAGUCCCGCCUUUGUGGAGAACAGGUCGCUGUGGAGUGGCUCAAGCCAGACCUGAAGCAGCACUUCCGCCAACAGCUGGCAGGCCCCUCACUGCGGUUCCUGCGGCCAGAGGGCAGCCAAGUAGCCCAGAGCAGGGACAGGCUAGGGUCCCAAGGGGCUCGGGCUGCUCUGCAGCUGCUGUGUCAACGAAUGAAGUUGGGCAGUCCAAUGUUCCUUACCAAGUGUUUAGGUACAGGGCCUGCUGGCUGGCAUCGUUUUUGGUACCAGGUUGUAAUCCCUGGACACCCAGUGCCUUUUAGUGGCCUCAUUUGGGUUGUGCUAGCCUCUGAUUGGCAGGAUGGGCAUGAGGUGGCCAAGGAUGCUGUGUCUGCACAGUUGCUAGAAAUACUGAGUGAGCCUAGGCCCAGCUUGUGGUCUCCUAGGGCCGAAGCAGGUACUAUGGUUAAGCAGUGACCCUCCUCCUGCUCUCCACAGGCAGCGUAAAUGGGUAGGCAGAACCUGUGUCAGUCCCCAGCCCAGCAGGCCUGGGCAGCAGCUACUAGAUCAAAAAGGGGCAGGACCCUGCCGCUGCGCCUAAGUGCUACUUUAGUUGUGAGGAAACUCACCUAUCCCCAUUGAGCCAGGAUCUGAUUUGACCUCUGACCUAACAUCCUUGGUUAUUUCCCAGUUUGAUGUAAUUCAUCACACCCACCCAAGAGCUUACUAUGAAUCUUUUGUUUUUAUUUGGAGAACUGGCUGAGCCAAAGGGCCCUUUUUUUUCUAUACUGGUUGUAUUCAUAUUAAACCCCUGGUUGUUAUA